GUCUGGUGCAGGUGUACAACGGCUCCUCCCCUUCAGUCUUGCACAGGUGUAUUGACUCUUCCCCUUCAGUCUUGCACAGGUGUACCUUCUCCUCCCCUUCAGUCUUGCACAGGUGUACCAGCCCCUCCCCUUCCAUCUUGCACAGGUGUACCUUCUCCUCCCCUUCAGUCUUGCACAGGUGUACCGGCUCCUCCCCUUAAGUCUGGUGCAGGUGUACCAGCUCCUCCCCUUCAGUCUUGCACAGGUGUACCGGCUCCUCCCCUUAAGUCUGUCUUGCACAGGUGUAUUGACUCUUCCCCUUCAGUCUUGGACAGGUGC